UUUGACAAAAUGGCAGAAAAAGUGCCAGCAGCUGCAGCUCCAGCCCCGGCCAAAGCCGCCAAAAAGAAGGCCACCAAGCCCAAGAAGAGCGGCCCCAGCGUGGGCGAACUCAUCGUUAAAGCCGUGUCCGCGUCCAAGGAGCGGACCGGCGUUUCCCUUUCCGCCAUGAGGAAGGCUCUGGCUGCCGGAGGAUACGACGUAGAGAAGAACAAGGCGCGGGUCAGGCUCGCUAUCAAGAACCUGGUCAGUAAAGAAGUCCUGAUCCAGACCAAGGGAACCGGCGCAUCCGGCUCCUUCAAGAUCAACAAGAAGACCGACACCAAGCCCAAGAAGACAGCGGCCAAAAAGCCUGCUCCCAAAGCCAAGAAGGCCGCAGCCAAGAAACCCACAGCCGCUAAGAAGCUCAAACCAGCUGCAGCAAAGAAGUCGGCGGCCGCUAAGAAGUCUCCGAAGAAGGCGAAGAAGCCCGCAGCGGCCAAGAAGGCAAAGAGCCCCAAGAAGACAGCAAAAAGCCCCAAAAAGGUGGUGAAGAAGGCCGCUGCUGCCAAGAAGCCUCCGGCCAAGAAGGCAGCGAAGCCCAAAGCCAAGAAAAGCGCGGCCAAGAAGUAA